AUGAAGUUCAACGCCGACACUUCCUCGUCCCGCCGCAAGUCGCGCAAGGCGCACUUCUCGGCGCCCUCUUCCGUUCGCCGCAAGAUCAUGUCCUCUUCCCUGAGCAAGGAGCUCCGCGGCAAGUACAACACCCGCGCGCUGCCUGUUCGUAAGGAUGAUGAGGUCCGCAUUGUUCGGGGCAAGUACAAGGGUCGGGAGGGCAAGGUCACCCAGGUGUACCGCAAGAAGUGGGUUAUCCAUGUCGAGCGCGUUCAGCGCGACAAGUCCAACGGCGCGACGGUUCCCAUUGGCAUCCACCCCAGCAACGUCGUUAUCACGACCAUCAAGCUGGACAAGGACAGGCGGGCAAUCCUUGACCGGAAAGACCGGAAGAAGGCACCAAAGACCGCGGGUGAGGAUGUUGAGAUGGUCGAUGUGAGUUUUAUUUCACUGUCUCAUCAUUCGUGA